AUGUCCGAACGCACUUUGAAGCGGGUGGCAGUCAUUGGUGCUGGAAUAAGUGGUGUCGUGAGCGCUGGCCAUCUCCUUGCCGCUGGGCUAGAUGUGACUGUAUUUGAGCGAAGGGAAGCUGCCGGUGGAGUUUGGCUCUAUGACAAGCGAGUGCCGAUCGAAGCUCAGUAUCCAUCUACCAAGCCAUCGGAACUAGGAAAGUUCAGCCGAGACGAUAGAGACAAGACUGAGAGACAACGCCUGAUACAUGCACCGCCAGGACCCUGCUAUGAGAGUUUGACCAACAAUGUGUCAACACCCUUGCUACGUACAAAGCUCAAUGCGUGGCCUGAGGGAACACUCCCCUACGUUAAUCACCAUGUACUGAAAGAGUAUAUUCAAGAUACAGCCAAAAAAGCUGGGGUGGAGACCGCGACUAUAUACGGUGCUCUUGUGACGAGUACCGGCAAGUUAGCUGAGCGAGAAGAGUCUGAUAUUUUUGAUGCCGUCGUUGUGGCGUCUGGGCACUACCAUACCCCUCUAAUCCCCGAUAUUCCGGGGUUAGCUGAGGCGAAAUCACAAUGGCCUGUGAAAAUCACACAUUCGAAGUCAUUCCGCAAUGCGGAAGGUUUUGAAGGAAAGAAUGUUCUUUUGAUUGGAGGAGGUGUAUCCUCAGUUGAUAUUGCUCGAGAGAUCAGCCCAGCCGCCAAGAAGGUAUUCCAGAGUACCCGCAAUGGGGCUUUUGAUAUCCCAGCCACUGCGCUUCCAGAAAAUUCCUCGCGGGUGGAAGAAGUUGUCAGGUUUGAGCUUCUAUCGCCCGAUGAGGCGAAUGUAACCCAUUUACCUGUUGUUGCGCGUCUUAAGUCCGGGUCGACCCUGCAUGAAAUCGACAGGAUAAUACUAUGCACAGGAUACCAGAUGGUUCUGCCUUUCCUCCCACAGUAUAACGACAACAGCAGUUCUUUUGCAGAUGACUCGGCUAUAGUAACGGAUGGCACCCAGAUACAUAACCUACACCAUGAUAUCUUUUAUAUUCCUGAUCCCACAUUGGCAUUCGUGGGAAUACCCUUCUAUACGGCAACUUUCACUUUGUUUGAGUUCCAAGCCAUUGCGGUUGCAGCACUGUUUACCAAAACCGCAAAACUACCGUCUGAAAAGGUCAUGAGGUCAAUUUACCAAGACCGUGUUGCUACCAAAGGCACGGGGCGAAGCUUCCACUCACUCAAGGGAGAGGAAGAAGCCUACGUGAGGACCAUCAUGGAAUGGGUGAACGCCGACAGGGCUUCCCAGGGGUUAUCGCCAAUCGAGGGCCAUACUAAUUCUUGGCUGGAAGAAAAGAAGGUUCAGGUUGAACGCUUAUCCCUUAUUUUCCAAGGUGCCAUUCCCUACGGAUUUACUAGCAACUUGAAGGCACCAGUAGAGGUAGAGGUUGCAGCAUGA